CCGCGGGGCCCGGCGGGCCCGCCGAGCUCUGCACAUGCUCCGUGUGCCAGCCCGGGCCGCUCGCAGUGCCCUCGCUGGGCUGCGAGAGCUGCGGCACCGCGGAGCUGCUCGCAGGCUCUUCCACUCGCUGGAGACAUGGCAUUUUUCAGAAUCUCAGAUAGGCUUCCAGGGGCAUCUUUUUAAGAGAGUCCAUACAGAAUGUAAUGUUUCCAUCAGGCUCUUGCCUUGGCAACAACCUGCAGCCGUAAAGCGAGUUUAAUUCUCCGAGAGGAAGACUGGUGACAGCUGUCGUUUCACUGUGUACUGUAAUAUAUGAGAUUCUACCCUGAAAACCCUGGAGGUGGCAUUUGUCUGGUCUGAUUGUAAAUAAUGAGAUAGAUCACAAUGGAUUUCAGUUCCUCAUCCGUGUUUGACCAGCACAAAGCUGAUGCAGCAGAAGAGAUAGACUUGGCUGUGGUUUACCAAGCGGCAGCUAAUGGCGAUGUGAACACCCUGACUGCAGUGAUCCGAGAGGAUCCUUCCAUCCUGGAGUCUUGUGACAGAGAGGGUUGCACACCUUUGAUGCAUGCUGUGUCAGGACGCCAGGUUGACACAGUGAAGCUUCUGUUGAAGAUGGGAGCUAAUAUUAAUACUCAAGAUGCUUGUGGACGUACCAGUUUAUCUCUGGCAACUUACUUGGGCUGGCUGGAAGGCUGUGUCAGCCUGCUCAGGAAUGGUGCUAAGCAGAACAUACCUGACAAGAACGGGAGGUUGCCACUACAUGCUGCCACCGCAGAGCCUGAUGUGAGGCUUCUGAGCUUGCUUCUGCAGCAGUCAAAUCUUAGUGAAAUUAAUCACCAGGACAAUGAGGGAAUGACUUCACUCCACUGGGCUGCAUUCCACAACAGACCCCAGCACACCCAGACUCUGCUGCACAAGGGAGCAGACCCGACUCUGGUGGACAAGGACUUCAAAACAGCUCUGCACUGGGCAGUACAGAGUGGCAACAGGAUUCUGUGUUCCAUCAUUCUGGACCACUGGCAAGGACCAUCAAUAAUAAAUUAUGAUGAUGAGAAUGGUAAAACAUGCAUGCACAUUGCUGCUGCUGCAGGCUACAGCGAUAUCAUCAGUGAGCUUGCUAAAGUCCCAAAGUGCAACCUGCAGGCCCUUGAUGUGGAUGACAGGACUCCAUUGCACUGGGCUGCAGCAGCAGGGAAAGCUGACUGUGUGCAGACACUGCUAGAACUAGGGAUAGACAGCAGCCCUCGAGACAUCAAUGAAAACACUCCUCUGGCAUACGCAAUAUACUGUGGGCACACAGCAUGCAUCAAGCUGCUGACUCAGGAGAGCAGUAGAUCUGAGUCAGUUCAGCAGUUUCACUCCCAGCACAACAGACUUAUAAAGAAAGAAGGACGAUUCAGUAUGCUGAACCAGAUCUUCUCUUGCAAAAAUAAGAAAGAUGAUCAGAAAACCAGUCAGAAGGACAGAAGCAGAGAUCAAGAUCCUGGAGAAGAGACCUCAGAAGUAGAUGAUAUCAUCACCCGUUUUGAUUGCAUUAUGAAUAAAAAUUGUAAAGGCAUUCCAGAUGAGUGUAAGACCACCCCUGACUUUAAAAGAAAGAGCACAGACACUAAGUACCUCAUAGCAGAAAAGAAGCAAUCAGUAUGUCAGGGUCUCCCAUCCAUCACCACCCAGAGCUUCCCCCCAAUCACUGCAGGCAAUUCCUUCCUAACUGCUUCCCAGAAUAAAAUGUCAAGCUUCUCCUCCAUCUUCAGUACCCACCAUUUUCCACCCAAAUCUCCAAAGAAUAGAAGUGAGCACAACUUGCUGGACAACACACACAGCUGCCAGGCUUUGCUGGAGGAUCCCUGGAACACAGACUCUAACCAAAGACUUUCUUACAAAGUUUAUACUAGGACUUCUUCAGACAAACUGAUGAAUGGCUUAAACUCUGAUAGAUCUCACCAUGUGCUUUUGUGCCCUCCCUGCCUUCCCUCACUUCCCAGUUCUCCAUCAGGUAGAAGUUUUCGACAGAUGUCCAUAGACCAACACAAAAUGAAAAAUGUUAUUCCUGUACAGAACAGCCUAGCUCCAAUACCCAACCACAGAGCUCACAAAAUUCAGCUACCAUCUCAGGAUGCUACGAAGUUUAAGUCCCUACGGACCAGUGCAGUUAUUCUCCCACCAGCUCUAAUCUCCAGAUCUCCAAAACCAGGACAUUCUCAGAGUCAGAUCCUCUAUUCUCUCUUGCCUGGUCUGUCAGGAGAGCGUCUAAAACCAAGCUGUGUCCUACCUGCCAUCCCAAACCAGAAGAAAUCUAAUGCUGAAGGGGAGCUUGAGAAAUCACUCACCAAAUCAGAUGCUGAAAAUUAAUUCAUUACAGUGGCCUAAAUUAGUUGAAAUAUGUCUAAGUGGUUGUUAAAAGAUAACUUUACAGUUAAAUCUCAUUAAUUUGCACUAAUGAUACUGUUGUGAUCUGGAGCAUAACAUAAACCAAGAUUAGAUAGCACAUAACAAAAGCUGCACUGUGUUUGUAUAUAUAUAUAUGCAUUUGCGUUAUAGUUUUUAUUUAUGAUGAAAUUACUAAAUCAGCAUUUAAUGUGCAGUAAAUUUAUUCUGUGAAUGGAACCCUCAUAAUGUGAUUUUGUUGCAGCAAUGUGCUGUUAAGCCUUUCAUAGAAAAAAGGAACAAAGAGGGAGGUUUUCUCCAUGAUUUUAAAGUUGGAACUAGGGAAACAAACUGACAGGGCUUCUCUGUAGUUUGUAAAUGCAAAGGUGCUGAUUCUGAUGCUGUGUGCCAUUAAAAAAUCUUUUUAAGACUGAGAAAAUAAACUCAAAAGGCAGUUGA